AUGCCGGCAGUUUCAAUGUUAAAAUGCCGCCGCCAUGUCAAUCUUCUGCGAGUAUCCUUUAGAAAAGCGAGGUAAGUGUUUUUUUUUUAAUAGUUUUUCAAUAUCACAGCGUUCAUUUUUAGUUCAUUUGAUAUUGAUACGGUGACGGCAGAUUACGAACAGAGAACACAUUUUGCGUCUCAAAAUUAUAGACGGAAAGGUUUUUUAAAGAAAUUUUUUUUUUGAAACAUCGUUUAGGAAAUGUUUUUCGCAUGGUUUUGCCACCGCCAAAUGUAACGGGAAAAUUGCAUUUGGGCCACGCUUUGACGGUUUCCAUUGAAGAUGCGAUAUGUCGUCAAAAUAGAAUCCAAGGAGGCAUUGUAGGUGGAUUGUGUCAAUUAUUGAAAUGAACUCAAUUUUUAGGCGCAAUGGCUCCCAGGAUUCGAUCAUGCUGGAAUCGCCACGCAAGCCGCAGUUGAAAAAGAACUUUUUAAAAGGAAAGGAAUUUCUCGGAAAGAUCUUUCACGCGAGGAAUUCGUUAAACAUUGUCAAGAUUGGAGUGAAAAGUUUUCAUCCAUUGUGUAUUCCUCUAAUAUAUAUUUUUUUGAAAUUGAGAUGCUCGACAGAAAUUCGGAACCAAUUGACUCGUUUGGGUGCAACGUUGGACUGGGAUAAUUCCUACUAUACAUUGGAUAAUGUUUUUUUUAAAAAAAGGUUUUUAAAUGGAGAAACGGUUCAGAACUUCUCCUCUGCUGUUACUAGUGCGUUUUGUAAUUUGCACGACGACGGGUUGAUUUUUCGCGGAAAAAGGUUGAUUAAUUGGUGUCCUUCGCUUUCUUCAGCACUUUCUGAUCAAGUUUGUUGAGAAAAAAAAAAUUAGGAAAUUAUAAUAUAAUUUUUAAGGAAGUGGACCGGAUUGAUGUUCCACCCGAUGGUCUUAUCAACAUUCCAAAGACCAAUUCUCGAGAAAUGCGUCAAGUUAAAGUUGGAACGAUGCACCUUAUACGCUAUAAAUUCACCGAUUCGAAGUAGAAACAGAUUGAAUUUGAAUAAGAGGUAUAUCGAAAUUUUCAGCGAUUUCUUGGAAGUUGGAACUACUCGACCUGAAACUUUGUUUGCUGACGUCGCUUUGGCUGUGAAUCCCAAUGAUCAAAGGUUUUUUUUUGCAUAAAAUGAUUUUUAGGUCGUUUCUUUGACGUUUGAAAAUAGAACUCACAGAUCCACUCAAAGUUGGUUCAAAAAAGCUUUUCAGAAGUCACCCAAAAUUCAGAAAAGUCGAAUAUAUUUCUUUUUUAGACCAUUUUUUCAGAUUUUCAAAGUAUAUUGGGAAACUCGUAUACUCACCAGUGGAUCCUUCGAGAAAAUUGCCUAUUUUAGCGGAUUCUGCAGUGAACCCCGAGAAGGGAACUGGUAUUUUCCAAAUUUCUAAAUUUUUUUUUGCAAAUCAAGUUCCUAGGAGUUCUGAAAAUCACGCCGUUCCACGAUCCGUUAGAUUUCGCUGUAGCUGAACGUCAUGAAAAAGAAAUUGAUGACGCAAAUCCGGGUAUUCUGAUGUCGAAUAAAGCGAAUUGUAUUGAUUCUGCUGGAAGAUUGGAAAAUACGGGAACUGAUUUGGAUGGAAUCGAUCGAUUUGAAGCCAGGGAAAAGGUUGGAAAUUGUUUUUUUGUGUGUACUUUUUCAGAUGGAUUAUGUGAAAACUCUUUAUUUUUGUGUGAAACUGAAGCCUUCCUCUACUUUUUCCAAUCAAAUUUUUUUGAUUCGGUAGAACGUAUUAUUAAAUUUUUUUCCUUUCGAAAGUUACGGAUAAAGUCCAGAAAGACCUAAAAAAACGCUUUCCAAAGAAAGAAAAACGGAAAAAAAUGUUUAUUUUGAAAAAAACUUUUUGACUUCUGACACUUAGAAAAGGAACUCUAGACUCUUCCUUUUUGAGGCCUUUUUUUGACUUUGUCUGUGGUCUUGCAAUUCUAUCAUUUUUGUACUCAGUUUUUUUUUUGAUUUUUAUCCUCAAAUAUUCCUUUUCUAGGUCAUCAAACUUCUCUCCGAUUAUCAACUUUACGGUGGAACUAUUCGCCAUACUGGCGCUCAAGUUAACAUUUGUUCGAGAACAGGUUCUUGAAGAUCCUUCUUGAAGUAUUGAAUACGUUUUCCAGGCGAUAUAAUUGAGCCGAGGCUGAUGGAACAGUGGUUUUUGGACGUCAAGGACCUGCAUCAACAAGCCAAGGAUCUCAUUAUCAAUCAAAAGGUUUUUUUUUUAUUUUUAGAAAAAUUGAGUCCUAGAAAGAUAUGACUUUUUAAGCGCAGAUUCAAAGUUUCAGUUAAAAAAAUGCUCAAAUAAUCCAAAAAUUUGGAGUUUCGCGCGUAAAAAGUAGCUAUCUCAUUGUAAGACCUGAAUAUUUUUUUCACGGCUCCCGAAAUUCCAAUUUAGCGUAUUUCGAGUAAAAAUUUUAAACGAAAAACACGUCAAUUUUGGAAUCACCGAAAUUACUCUGAAAGCGCCACAAACAAAAAAAAAAGGAAAAAAAAAUCUUCUAGAACCCCUAUUGCUAUGACAAUUUCGAAUAAAUGAAAAUCAAUACAAUAAUUCUUAAUUUCUGAGAGUUCAUCCAUAAAAACGCAUUUUCUGAGCUCAGAGAUCAAAAAUACAUACUUCAAAUUAGUUCUAGUCACAUUUUCUAUACCACCCCACCAUAAGAAAAGCGAUCGAAAAUUCAGUUCUGCCCUCUUGGAAAAAAAUUGAGGUUUGAAAAAUACAAAUUUUAGGUAAUCGUCAAGCCUUCUUACCAAACUCAUCGUCUUUUGGACUGGUUCGAAAAUACGGAUCCCUGGUGUCUGAGUCGUCAACUUUUGUGGGGCCAUCGAAUCCCGGCCUACACCUCUGCUGGGUACACAUUUUUUUCAUUUUUCGGUACCUAUCCAAAUUUUUCAGUUCAAAUUGGGUCGUGGCGAAAUCGGAAUCUGAAGCUCGGGAAAAACUUUCUCUCGACGAUAAUUCCAGUUUCAGACAAGAUGAAGACGUUUUGGACACUUGGUUCAGGUGAUUUUUCGAUUUGUCAUAAUUUUACAAUAAAACAUGAUGACAGAGUUGAAAUUUGUUUGAAUAAUAUUUUUCUCAUUCGGAAAAGCAACCCUUCCCUGGAAUUCUAUUGACAGAUAACCGAAAAAAGAUAAACUAGAAAUAUUCAAAUUUGAAAAAAACUAUUCCGAUUCAAUCUUUUUCAUUUUUUUUUUUUUGAAGUAUUACCUUUCUGUUUCGGGAGGUAAAUGAAAGGUUUUUUUUCAAGCUUUGCUUUUCCGAAUUUUUGGUACGGGCAAAAGCUGAAGUUGGUUCUAAAGGGUGAUAUAGGGGUCUUAUAGGUGGGCAGUGUUAGGUCCUUUUUUAGUAUACCUCCGUAGUUUUUGAUAAUUUCCCCAUUUUAUUCUUUCAGUUCUGCCCUGGUUCCUCUGGUCACACUGGGGUGGAACGGCUCAACUGAUUUGGACCUUUCCGAUGUUCCAAUCGACGUGAUGGAGACUGGUUGGGAUAUUAGCGGAUUUUGGGUUGCUCGGAUGAUGGCCAUGCAUCUCAGGUUCUUUUUCAUCUUCCUCGUUGUUUAAUUCUCGGAAUUGCUAAGACUAACCCGAGGAACGCCUCCAUUCAAGCAAAUCGUGCUCCAUGGGUUGGUUCGAGAUAGCGAAGGCCGAAAAAUGAGCAAAUCACUUGGGAACGUGAUCGAUCCGCUGGACGUUCUCGACGGAAUUGGGCAGGAAAAAAUGAAGGAGAGAAUUUUGGAAAGCUCGUUGGCUCCUGCUGAGAAAGGUAGAACAUAUCACUAUGAGAUCUGAAAAAAGCCUUAUUAAAGUGGAAAAUUAAAAGGAAAGUCUUUAAAAGAGCGAUUUCUUCUUGAAAUAGCGGUUGAAUGGAUCGAACGAGUUUUUUCAUUAUAAUCCCUUCCAAUUCCUAUUCUUUGAAAUCUUUUCUAAGAUUUAAAGGCUGCAAGUUGUUUUUUAUUAUUUUUUUUCAGCGAGACAAUGUUAAUAAAAGUGAGAUUUUUCAAAAAUGCAUUGUAUUUACACGAUCUUGGUUCAUAGAAUUAUCGGGUUUGGCUAGUAAAAUUUCAAAAUCAAGGAGUUGGUUUAUAACUUUGAUCCCCAGAAAAAGCCUGCGCGGACAUCGAAAAACGGUUCCCUGAAGGGAUUCCUCGUUGUGGCCCUGACGCUUUGAGAUACGCCCUACUGAAAUAUGACGUCAUGGCCAGUGACGUUCCGAUUGACGUUGCCAGUAUGGCGACGGAGGUUUCCGAAUUCCCAUCCAUUCAAAAUCUUCGAGUCGAAAUGGUUCAGGGAUUACGAUUCUGCAACAAGUUGUGGAACUUGGCGGCUUACUACGACCAACUGAAAACUAAAUGUCGGACCAGAAAAGACGUCGACACGGAUAGGAGUGUGGUGGGUUGUUGGGAUCGGAUGGUUGUGAAAAAUCGGAAACUGAGAGAUGAAUGUUUAUUUCGCUCACAGACAGAUCUGUGGCGUGGAGGAAGAGAACCAUGAAAGUUAUAUUUGCCUCCACUUCGAUAAAGUUCCACUUUAAUCUAAAAAUAUUUUAGGUCGAAAUCGAAGAGAAUCAAAAAGAAAAGUAAUCUAUAAACGAGUUGAAUCAUUUUGUGAAAUUUGCAGCUUCCUUUAUCAAAAACCAAUUUUUUUCAAACAACUUUUUAAAUCUUCUUUGGUCAUCCUCAAAAACCAUAACUCUGUUUAAGCCGUUCCAGUAUUUAUACACGCGUUGCGUAAUAAAGUUAUAGUGAACAUGAUGGAUUGGUGGUGGUUCGAGUUUAAGGCCGUUGCCUCUCAGUUGGUUUCUUCUAUUUGAUAUCGUUUGUAAUUUGAAUGGAGAUGGACACCAAUAAUAGCCAUAUAUGAACUGAUGUGUAAUUAUGAUAUCUUUUUCGCAGACGAUGAUCGUUUAAUGCAAAAUUUUCUAUCAAAACUUUUUUUGAAUAUUUGAAAAAUUUAGUUCACUAAAUUACAUAAAAAAGGUACAUGUUUUUAAAGAGCCCUCAUCAGCGAAUUUAUAGGUCUAAGGAAAAAUGAUAUUUGUAUAUAUUUUUUUGAGUUUUAAUUGUUCAAGCGAUUGAACGAAUUUCAGGACGAAUGGCUCCUGUCGAGGUUCGCCUCAACUGUCGCCAAGGUCGACGAGCACAUGAAGGCCUACGAGUUGCAUCUGGCUCUCUCGGCCCUCCAUUCUUUCGUGACUUCGGAUGUCUGCGACACCUACUUGGUCGGUUAUUAUUUUUAGAAGAGAGAGAAGAUGGAGCUGAGUGAUCUUUUGAGAUAAAUCAAGCGAAGACAUUUAAAAAGACAAUAGAGACGUCAUCAUAUUUUUUUUCAGUUUUGCUCUCCUAGGCUCAUUCAUAACAAAAUUAUAAAAACGUAAUUAGUUUGAGGGAGAAGAAAAAAGUUUCUUUUUUGACCGAUUCGGAAUAAUUUUGUAAUUUUUUGAUUCGGUUGAUAGAUCUCUGAAUCGGAAAGAAUGAACUCGGUUGAAAUUUUUUUUUCCGAAUUUCGAGGAGCUAUGCGUUCUUAAGACCUGUGAUUUGAGGAAACAACGAAGCAAGCGUUUUGGUCAGAAGACGUCGCCAGAAUCGAGCAAGCGCGGUCGACGCUGCAACGUGUGCUGCAACCGACCUUCGUCCAGCUUUCCGUCUUCAUGCCGUUCGUCUCUGAACUCCUCUACGAAAGGAUGUUCUCAAGGGAGCGAGGCUCGAUCCUCUUCGACGUCGUCAAAGUAAGAAUCCGAUGGAGAUUGAAGAUUGUCGGGACUUUCAGCCGUCUCUCUUCUUUUUCCAUCGAAAUGAGGAGCUGGACCAAGGUAUGAAGUUGUUGCUGGCCGCCGUCGCUGCGACCAGGUCGAUCCGAUCGAAGCUUCAACUUCCUGCGAACUUGGUUUUCAAUGGUAAUCUAUAGAAAGAACAAAAAAGCUUGGUUGGUAGUGGGGACCAAUAUAAACAUUUUAAAGAGGCUGCAAAGGGAAAGAAAGUAAAAAUGUUGACCGGCAGACGGGGACGGAGCACUUUUCUGGCUCUUAGUCAUUGCGUUGAACUUUGUAGGAACGCGCGCUAGCCAGAGGAAGAAGCAGAAACAAUUAAAAAAUGGCUAGAGACGUCGAGGAACGGACCGUUCCCCCGCCUUGGGACGAACCAGUAUAGCCCAUCCUGCGUUUAAAUUUUUUUAUCUGCCAAAAAGACACUAUUGAAUCAAUUUUGACCACACUUCAGUUUAAGGCCUUUGUUUCUUUCUGUCUUUUUAGCAGUGUUCUUUAGAGUGAAAAGCUGUUAACUUUUUUCGUUUUUCAUUUGAAAAAUGACUAUCUUGCGCAGAACGCAUUAUCCUUUUAGUUUUCGUUUAUAACCUAGUUUUAUAUUUGGCUAUGUGAAAAGCCACAAAAAAAAGGUUUUAGAUGGAUGCACGUUACCUGAGAAAAUUCUGGCUCUGAAGAAGUCAAUUUAUCGAUCUACAGGAAUUCUGGCGAUCGAAGACCCUUCUUUAAUGAUCGACGGCGCGACGCUGAAGAGCCUCGCCGAUGACGUCACCUCGAUCGGCCGACUCUCGUUGAGUCACGUCGUUUAUGGCAAGCUAAACACCGAGGAACGAGGCUUGAUGGCCCUGCCGGUCGCGGGACACAACGCCUCCAUUUGGCUCAAAAUCGACGUUAUUUUACCCCAUAUACUGCUUUCGAGUAGUUUUGAAAUGUUUUAGGAGAACAGUCGCUCCGAAUUUGUCGACUGCUUGAAGAAGCAGCUGGAGAAGACCAAAUCUCGAGAAAGACAGUUCUUGGAGAAGGCCGAGUCCUACUCGGAAAUGCAGAAGAAGCCCGAAAAUUUGGUUGGUUUUGAAAUUUUAGCUGGAAAAUGAAAAUAGAACGAAAACUUUUGAUUAGAAAAAUAUAAAGUGAUUUGUUUAGAAGGAUUUCUAAAAAUAAAUUUAAACAAAAAAGUGGAAAAAAUAGGUGCAAUUUGGAGCGACACAUGCGUUUGAUAGCAACUCAAAAUUUAACAAAAAAAAGAUUUUUCAGAUAAUUCUUUUUAGAUUUACUCCUUUGAAAGCUGUGGCCCUUCAGAGAAUGAAAAAUUGCCCAGAAAUAAAUAAAUUUUUCAAGACGGAUAUUUUCUACAAAAUUCUCGAGUAUCUUGGUUCUAUCCAGGCGAAGACAUCGGCUCUGAAGAAACUCCAACGAAAAGCCGAACAAGCCCGUCAGGUCGCUGCCAACUCUUCGGAUGAGGCCAAACGAAUAGAACUGAUCAUUGCCGAGCAGAACUCCUAG